AUGCCUCCUGGCACUUACACCGAGAGCAUCUCGACAGGACUGGUCAGGAUCAUCGUGGUCAACGACCCCACGCCCACGACGAAUAAGAGCUGUCCGGCAGAGUGCGACUGCUCGGGAAUAAAAGACAAGAAAAGUCCCGAGUAA